CUAAUGUUGACUUUGUGUUUGAUCAGGUGAUGAAGCUGAUGCCCAAGUGGCAAGCAGCACUCAAGGUGGAGUUCAUCAGGCUGCUCAAGGAUGACAUAGACAUUGUUCUGGAAGGCCUCGUGCCAAAUGUUCCUGACAUCUUACUCAGUAUGUCUAGUACCAACACGCUAACUUCAGAUAAAGUUGAGUCAGGCAAGGACGUGGGCCAGGCACUAUUUGUCUGUGAGAAGAACCUGAACGAUGCCCCACACUGGAGGCUCCAGGAAGAGCUGCUGGCAGGGUUCCGUGUUGUGCCCAAGGUCUUUCACCCGGAGUUUGUCUACCUCUACUUUGUGCCUCUUCUGCUGACCAGGGCCGUGAGCGGGAGAAUUCUACCUUGUCGGGUUGCAGCCUUGAACACGCUUCUGGUCAUCAUUGCUGAUCCAUCCCAAGCGAAACAGAAGUUGAAAAUUCGCAACAAAGUAUUAGAGCUGUGUAACAACUCCAGCUUCCAUUGCCGGCAGCUGUUUCUGCGAGGGAUGUCCUCGCUCGUCACAGUCUCACCGGAGAUGCUCAAGGAGUUGUUCUUCCACAACAUUACCUCCAUGGCAGAAGAUAAGGUGCCCAACAUUCGGUUGAUGCUCUGCAAGCUGUUGCCAAAAUUGAAAACAAUAGCUAUGGAUCCAGUAGAUCGCAAGCUGCUGGCUAGCAUAGAUGCUGCCACUACCUCAAUGAGUGGAGAGACCGACCGUGACGUGCAGAUGCAGCUCAAGAUCGCACUGAAUCUCAUGGAUGAGGGUGACAAGGUGAAGGUUUUGGGCAGUAAACGGCUAGAGCCAGAUGGUGAAAGCAGUUCAAUGCAACGGAAAAGCAAUACAAUGGGCUUUUCCAAUACUAUAUCACCUUUGACAGAUAUGAGAAGUUUUACUAGUGAAUCGUCGGCAAGAAGUAUAUCAUCCCAGUACAGCGUGGCCAGCCAACAGCAGGCAGCUUCUUCCAGACCAAAACCUUAUACUGGUAACCAGGCUAUUCGAGUCCAGAGCACGCCGGCAGCGACAACAGGUUCUCCCAGGUAUCCGGUGUCCCCCCGCACCACACAACAGAAGUCCGGGGUCAAAGCACCAGGUGAAAAAAGAAAGCCAUCAUUACAAAGAUUGGCAAUGGAUGACCCUGAUGAGUUUCUAGUGGAUGCAGGGAUACCCCUUAAUACUGCGACUGAAGUAGUCAAGAGAAUACCAACCCCCAGACCAGUCCAUCGUCCCCUGCUGCUGUUAGACUCGGAGGAAUCCAACUCAGAGCACAAGACUAGUACAAGGACUCUACCAGUAUUAACAACGUCCAGACCGACACUCAUCAACAAAAAUAUCAACUUCAAUUACCGUCCUAGCAACUUACCUGUGAAGAAAGCAAAUUUCAAGCCUUUGACCAAUGAAGAAAUCGAGAAAGAGCUUUUACUACCGGAUAAAGAAAUCGUGUCGGACUCUAUCCAUCCAUACUCCCCCAGAACAUCGGACCGACUGAAGUAUCCCGGUCGGACAACGAGGACGUCCAAGAAGGAGAACAAGAGGUACAGCCUGGACGUGGGGGUCAUCUCUAACACUUACACCAGAAUCGAGACUAGGUCUGGAAAUGUGAAUAAACGCUACAGUUUGAACGUCGAUGCGAAAAAGGAUGUCGGAAAUAAGAAGAGUAUGUCUUGCAUCAACAACAAUACCGUAAUGAGUCCCAAAUUGGGUUCGACAAGGUCAGGAAUAGUUCGGCCGCCGCAGUCGUGUGUCUUGGAGACAGAGAAGGUGAACCACUCCAAGAGGUCAAUGUCAGUGGAGAAUCUGCCACCGAAAGUGACAAGGUUGGCCAGCAGACUUCCAGUAAGGUGAGUACAUUACAUCUGU